GCUGAAGAUUUUGGUUAAUCGUUAAUUUAUUCCAAAUAGUUCGCUCUUCAGUGAAAGUCGGUAGACAGUGGGCGAGCUUUAUCCGUGGCUGGCAUCCGCACCGGGAGAGUUCAACUCGCAUUCAGACAUGGCGAAGACAUUGUUCAAACACUCCAGAAAGGGAGAUAUCAACGAUUAUUAUAACAUCCAGGAAGGAGAGCUAGGAAGGUACAUAGAAUCGUUUGUGCAGUGUUUUGUUUCGUUUAACUACGGCCUUUCGAUUUUGCAGUACAGGUAAUUCGCUUUGACAGGGUACUCAGCGCAUAUGGUUGUCCUUAGUAAUAAACUGUAGCAACAUUCAGCAUGUAUGCUCGCGUUGAUCGAUCGAGUCUUCGAAUGCUCAUUUUUGUGUUGUUUUCAUUUUUAGAGGAGCCUCGUCUGUGGUUAAGAUGGGCAAGCACAAGGGGACCAAGAAAGAUUACGCUAUUAAGAUAAUAACCAGAACAGUAAGUGAAUCCUUAAGGGUUUCGUUUUCCAUUUUGCACACCUGAAAGAUUGAACACCAAUGAAUCAUUCCGGCAGCGUUCGGCUUUUCGCUAUGUUUGUGUAUGCAAAGCUGCAUUUGCAAAUUUAUCUGUCAAAGUGUUCAACAGCGGGGAACGCGGUAGUUAUGGCGAGUUAGUUGCCAUGUCAUCGCGGUUCUAUAUUUAUAAACUUGCACACUUUCGUCUCAGAAAGGAUCCCACUGGUACUUAAGUAAGCCUUUUAAGCUCCUUAGAUUUCUGCAAAGUGUAGAAGUAGUAUGCAAAAGGUAUAAGUUUUUUUUCCUUUAUUGUAAAACGUAACAAUAAAUUUCUAUUUGUAACUUUAAAAUGUUAAAACCAUCGACUGUAACCUUUUUCCGAUAUCGGCGCUAAGGAGCCAAUGUUAGACUAAACAAGUUGAGACAAGUAUUGUAUACCAAUUAAAUGUGAUGGAAAAAAAUCAGAUCCAUCGAUCUUUGAUCUUAAGAAUGAAAGCGUAGUCGACGAAGAACCUCGAGCGCUGCAGCGUGUGGUUAAGUUGUAAACAUCAUCCCAUGAGCGUCUUCGAAGUUGCUACACUCAUUGCAGUAUAAGCUCGUUAUUAUUCACUAAUUGAAAGCAUUAAGAAUCUUAAGUACAUUUGCUUCUUGAAUAGUUCAAACGCCAGCACUUGUUGAAAUAUUUCAAUGAUCGUCCUUUACGUCAUCAAUAGCAAUUGUGGAGUUUACGUGGCGAAUUUGUGUUUUCCUUGUCAUCGUUAUUCGGUAGUAAGGAAAGAUGCUCGUAGUUUAAUUUUUAUACCUGACCUAUGAGACUUCCUUCUUUAGACAUGCCAGAUUAAAUAUUGUUAGAAAUGAAGCAAUGUCAGAGAUAAACAAAAUUAGCUGGAGCACUACAGAUCUUGUGUAAUAUCACUUUUGAAAAGGCCAAUAUUAUAGAAUUGCAAGGCUAUCGAUCAAAGGGACUUAUUGAAUUCUUUACAUAGAAUGCAAACUCUUUUCUUCUUUUUUAACAAAUGAGAAAUCAACACCCCAUUAUUGAGCUCUACUGGAAACCCUUGAUUCACAAAGCAAGGGUUUAAUUUCUUGUCUGUUCAAGAAUCUGACAAAAGCGAGAUAAAUAAUUAGUGAAUAUUUAUGCAUCAACCUUUAUUUACAUCUUCUGUGCCUUAGUAUUAUGCACCGCAUGGGUUUAAUUUCCCAGCUAUUGUUUUUGAUAUGUGAAGGAGAUAUAUUUGUUUAGCUUUAUUUGCAUACUGCUUGAACUCACAGUGAACAAUGUACAAUUAUGGUAAGAGUAUUUUAAGUAAAAUGAAAUGAUUGAUUUCUUGCUGAACUUUUACUCUUUCCUGUAAAAAUUGAAUUUGGUGUUGAAUCAAAAUUUUAACUCUUUCAUUCCUAAGAUCUUAAAAUUAAUUCUCCACAAUCUCCGCCUCAACUUUUUGCAUGAAAAAGUAUUGAUGUUCCAAGCUAGGAGGAACUUCUUUUUUGUCUCUUCCUGAGGGUUUAAGGAUGAGGCUAGUUAAUCCAAAGUCCAAAGCUUUCUAAGCGGAUGUUUGGUGCUCCUUUUUAGGAGGAAAGUUCUUAAAAGAGUAAAGUAAACUUAACAUAAAUUUUGUAAAGGCGGUGGUCAUGGACUUUGGUCAUGUUUGACGUGUACAUGCAAGCUCAUACUGUUGGAUAUCCAGUUCGUAUGCAGCGGUGUCAUUAAUUUCUUUUUUAGCUUGAUGCUCCUUUCAUCCUCUCCAAAAUCUUUUUUCUGAAAAAGAUUUACAGUGUAAGAAAAAUAAGUAGAUAAAGGAGGUAGUUAAAAUUCUAUAUCUAAAGAUCGAUGAACACCUUACUUGUUAUUCAGCAACCAAAGGCCAGAAGGUCUGUAGUUCUCAUCACUGUCGAUGACUCAAUUUUUCUCCUUUUAAAAAAAAAUGUGCUUUUUUAAAAACUAGUUUAUGGUGGUAAAAGUAGUAUAUUUUCAUUUUUCAAUGCUAUUCUGAGAAGAUUAUUGAAUAAAUUUGGCUAGGAAUGCUUUGGAAGAGCCUCAAAUGAGAUGUAGAUACAUUAGUUGGAAAAAAUCCAGGAGUCGAAAGCUUCCAUCCUAUCUUUGUUGGCUCUUCACUCCUGUGGCUCUGAGUUAGUCAACCACAGUUUCUUACAUUGCCAAGACUUAGUUAGUGGCUGUCUGUUUCGGCUACUUGCAUAAAGUCUGUAUAUAAUUGAAGCCUCACAAACAAUUACAGUACGUAUUUCUUCUUUUCCUUUCAUUUUGAGAAGAUAUUGAUACCAAGCAUGAAACCUUUGGCAGAACUUUGUACCUAGACAUAUUAAUUACAGAACAUUUUCAAUAUCACUGUCUGUUUUUAUGGGAUUAGGGUUCAUAUGAAUAUUCUCCAGACCACAGAUGGUUUUCAUUUCAUAUUUAUUACAGGAUAUAGGCAGUUAUCCCAAUUAAAAAUGUUUUUUUUUGGAUAACUGGAAUAGACAUUCAUGUGGUAUAUUGUUCUUUAAUACUUGACAUCUUUUUGUGUUUAGUUUUGCUGCGAAUUUAUAUCUCAUUUAAGUCUAAUUAAUAUGUUUAUAGAAAAUAAUUUUCAAGGGCCAUGUCUGGGUUUAUAGACAGUCACAUGUCCAUCUUGUUGAAUUAAUUUUUGCAGAAUUUUCAAGAACAGGAAAUUAAAAAAGUUAUGAUCACAUUAGAGAAUUUUCACAAUUUAAAGACUCCUCUUAUUAUUUAAUCCAGAGAGUUUUUGUCCUCAAAAGUAACUAUGGGCAAGUAAUCAAUGCUAAGUAAAACCACACUGAUGUUAGCAACACCUCCCUGUUGCCUUUAGAUGCAUGUCUUUACUUAAUUUACAACUGGGACUUUUUUUGGUCACCAUGGCAAUGAGAAAAUAAUUUCACCACCAAAUUUGCAGCAUAAGUUAACAAUGAUGACCUGUCCUCAGUGGUCGAUUAGCAACAUGCUAUGUCUUCAGAACUUGGUUUUAUGGUCUGAAGUCAAAGUGAAAGAAGCAUUUUCAUGAAAUGUUACUCAUGUUCUGUGGUUUCUUCAGAUAAAAGCUUGCCUCUUUCACCUUGGUUACCACAGUAUUGCAUCUUGAGAUAUUGUGUGCAAAAUCUUAAAAAAAUGAAUUCCAUCCAUAAAGCUGACACUUCUAUUUACUUCAAAGACAUGCGACAUGAUUAACAGUUAAGUGAGUAAUGUAAUUUUGCCGAAAGAGUCUUUCCUUAUCUGGCAACCAAAAGGUUACCCUGGGAAACCAUGCUAUUGUUUUAAGGUUGUCAAAUAACAACUUUGUAAGAAUGUGGAGUUAGGAAUCCUGAUUUAUUUUUUCAUUUCUACUAGGUUGAUCAAAAAAUAAUUGCUACUGAAAUUGACAUCCUCUUACACCUGAAACAACACUGCAAUAUUGUAAGUACAUUGUACCUUGUGCUUAAUUAUUAAUAAGAAAUACAUUUAUCUCUCAUAUAAAUUCAUCAAAAUUAUGAGUAUUUAAGAAAUCAUUCACCAUUCCACUUUUGUUAGAUAAAGUUACAUGAGAUGUUUGAGACGCCAACACAUAUUUACAUGGUCCUUGAGCUUGUGACUGGAGGUGAACUGUUUGAAAGGUGAGCACUGUCAGUACACAGAGCUCUCACGCAAUGAUUUUGAGACUCAUGCUAACAAAUUUAAUCCUGUAUGCUCUCACUCUAAAGCUUUAUUUCCUCAUGCAGUUAAGGUUUCUGAUUUAAACUGUUGAUUUUGAGAAAGAAAACUGCUACUUUAGAGAAAUCCCUAGUAAAUUAAUCAUCCUGCUGUGUACCAUUUAUCUUAUGAACUCCUUGUUCCUUUUGUACUCCUUCAAACACUUUCCUAUGGUGGAAAUUCUUGCUCAGAAUAUAGGAAUGCAUGACUUUGCUAUUUCAUUUUUCUGCAAUUUUCCUGGGGAGCAUGCCCCCAUACCCCCAUACCCACAUAUUCCCUUAUAUUCCCCUAAGGAAGUGAUGCUCCCUUCAUCACGCUUGAGGGCUGCAUGGUCGAAAAUCUCCCUGCUAGUGAUAAAACACUUAAACAGCCUAAAAUGUGCAUCAAGUACUUUGAUUUGCUGUGCAAUUAACAUGGUCCCAUUUUGGUGAGAGAGAUGGAGGCAUUAGUGCAACUUUUUGUGAUCUGUCAUUAUUGCCACGGUCAUUUCAAUGUCAAAUCUCAGUGAUUUGUGGCUAAUCCUGAGUGCUUUUCAUGACUGCUACAAGGCCAUCACCAGCCACUUAGUCUCCUGAAAGACUGGUGGGUUUGUGAGUAUCUUGAAGUAUUGGGCAGCAGCUCAGCAGCAAAACAAAACGGAUGCAAAACCACCAUCUACACAUACUUGCCACUAGGGUUGAUGAAAAGGUGUUAUUAUCCAUCGUUACGAAGAAUCUCAAGCACAGAAUAAUUAAGAUAGUAAAUUUUGAGCCUAGUUGUCAUUAAUAAAGAAAAAAUAUGCCAUUCAUUUUGCCUCGCGGGAGUGGGACAAAGAAGAAAAUAUGGGCAACCUGAUGAUCCUGUUCCACACUGGCUCACUACCUUGGUCUUUCCUGGGUUGUUGCCAAACAAUUUUAUUUUCUUGAUUUCCAUGUUUCUUGAUUUUCUGUUUCUUGAUUUUCUGUUUCUUUCAUAGACCUUGGGUGAGUUGUUUGCAUUUCCAUUCCCUUUGCACCCCAAAGGGGUAACAAAGUAUUUUUCCUUCUUCUUAUGGUUCUUCUUUAAUUUUCUCUAAUUUGUGUUUUGUUUACAGAAUUGUGGAAAGGGGUUAUUAUUCAGAAAAAGAUGCAGCUGAUGCAGUCAGACAAAUAUGUUGUGCCUUAGAAGUAAGUGUAGAAGAAUGUAACGAUUUUAUAGUUUUCUUUGUUUUUUAAUUGAGUGUCAUUAAGAAAUCUGAAAUUGUAGCUCCUUAUUAUUUGUUUAGUCUGUGGCUGUUUAGAAGACUCACAUCAUUCUCUCUGCUAAUAGGAAGCAAAACUGAAACCAGUUGGGAUUAGGUGGCUUGUUUUUAUUUUUAGUUCUCAUUGGCUUUACCUGGAUGUUCCCUUGUUUUGAUGAAGCACUGUUAUUUGGGUUGAGUUUUGCAGUAUUCCAUCAAAAAGUGCACCAUGUGCAGUCAUGGAAAUUUAUUGCAGCUUUAAUUUCAGAAAAUAAUGUUACUGUGUUUACAAGACUUGAUAAAUAUUGAUCAAAGAUAUUGAAUUUUCUUUUGUAUGCAUUGCAUUUCAGGUUAUUCACAGUCACAAUAUCAUUCACAGAGAUCUUAAGGUAACAAAAGAAUUAAAAUCUUCUGGUCCUUUUUAGUUACUUGUUCUACAAUAGAUUGAUUGUAACAAAUACCUUGGGAAAGUGUUGAACUUUAUGUGUACAUGUACAUUUAUUUAUAAACAUGUGUUAUGAAAAUAUGUUAGUUAUUUUCAAAUCAUUGAAACACUUUUUUUCUAACCUCCUGUAGGUCUAUCUUUAAUACUCAUAAACUGACAAACACUUGUAUGUUUUUAAGCAAUUGAGUUCUAUACUUCUGCCAUUUACCAUGCUUAUUAGAUGUACUUCUUUUUGUGUUAAGCCAGAAAAUCUCUUGUACGCUGACAAAAGUGAAACUUCAGACUUGAAAAUUGCGGAUUUUGGGUUGUCAAAGAUGCUUUAUGGUGAACAGUGCAAUACAGCUACAGUGUGUGGAACCCCUGGAUACUGUGGUUAGUAAACAGGUUGAUCUUAAGACUGUUUGAUAUUUCUUAUUGUUAAGUCUGCUUGCUGAAGACAAAUUUUUAUUCUAAUCCAGAGACUGAUUCACCUUACUGAACACUUUAUUUGUCCUCCUUCCUCUGAAACUUGUAUUCAAACCAUGUUUGUUCAUGUUCACAAAACUAACGUUCUCCUUGGAGUUGGGGGGAGAAGGGGGGGUUGGUGCAUCUACCCCUUAAAUUUUAAAUUUUGGAACAUAAAUCUUACAUCGAGAAUCAACAGGGUCUUGGGUUACAUUAUCUGCCAACACAGCAAUAACCAGUGUAUCAAUGAUUCUUGAUAUCCUGCAGCAACCUUAUCCAAUGAUUGUAAAUUUUACUUGCUGAAAACUAUUGAUUAUAGGUAUGAUUGUACUCCCAUUUGUAGAAAAUUCUUUGUUUGUAGAUGAUGCAAUGAAACUGUGCUAGCCAGGGUGGUAGCUAAGAAAGUAGCUGCUGGUGGAAAUUCCAAGGAUAGCAUUUGAUAUCAAAUGUAAAUGUGUACCUCAGAAGUUCUUGUUGUGCUGAAUCAAAAAAGCAGCCUGUGAUUGAUUCCUUGAAACUAUCUGCCCAAGAACUAAACAUGUUGACUUGUAGGAAGUUACUUUUAGUAAAUGUGUAUUUCUCAAUUUUUCUUCAGCUCCUGAAGUUCUUAUGGGCAAACAAUAUGACACUAAAGUGGACAUGUGGGCUGUUGGUGUUAUUGCUUAUAUACUGUGAGUAAUGCACAAUCUUUUCCCAAAAAACUUGUCACCACCCAUUCUAUUGGUGAAAAAAGUAAUUUAGAUUUGACAUUUAGUUUCCAUUAAGUAAGAAGAACAUUAAUGAAAACAUGAUGAAUUACAGAAGAAAAAAGCAGGCAGAGAGGAAUACUCCCUUUGAAAAUAAUGGAAUGUAUUGAAGUAUGAUGCAAGGAGUGAUUAACAAUUGAAUGUUAAUUUUUAUCGUGUAUCUUUAUUUCACCCAUGGGUUACUGCUUGGCUGCUGAGGGACUGGGUAAGAAAGUUAUUCAAGCUAUAGGCAAGCACCUUCUAUACGUUUACCUGCAGAUAUAUGUAACCCAGAGCUUAAUUAUCCUAGUUUCCUAAGCAUGGUGCAAGAAGGGGUACCACUACUCUUCCUUUGAUUGGAUAUUAGUCCAUUGCAACAUUACCACCUCAGCGUUUCAUCAGGCUUCCCUGGCAAUUUGCUGAUACCCGUUUAUACUCCUGCGUAUAAAAGUAAAAUGUCGUGCCCAAGAACACGACACAUUGACCUGGCCAGGUGUUGAAUCCUGACCUGCUGACCAGGAGGCCAGAGUGUUAACCAUGAAUUAAAAUAUUUCUCACUUAUAGUAGCUGUUUUGUAGGUUCUUUGAUUUUGAAUUGUUAAACAUGAACUAGAUUUGUGAAUUGUUCACUCCUGAAGGUUGUGUGGUUUUGAGCCUUUUUACGAUGAACGAGGUGAUCAAGCUAUGUUUCAAAGGAUCUUAAAAUGUGAUUAUGAAUUUGUUACUCCAUGGUGGGAUGAAGUUUCAGAAAAUGCAAAGGUUGGUUUAGUGUAAUACUUUUGAAUUUUUUUUAAAGAAGCGUAAUUAAAAAACGGAUUUAUAUAACGGAUCAUUCUGAAGUUAAUUGCUGUACUUUGUCUUCAUAAAAGUUGUUACUGGCUAUCUGUCUGUGGAAAACAAGAGUAGAAAAAUGUUCACGGAAUUUACCCAUCCAAUAUUAAGACCGGAAAAGAAUCCCCUAAUAACGCCUUUUUGCAAGAUUACAAACCAUUACUUGCUUACCUUUGCCUUUCUACAGGAUCUUGUCAGCAGGUUGAUAGUUUUGGACCCCAGUAAGAGGUUGACAGCAAGACAAUGCUUAGAACAUUCUUGGGUACAGGUAAGCUCGUAGUAGUGGAUUAGAACGGCGUAUAUGACGACGAGAAAACGGCAUAGCUGUGGAUAGGUAGAGUGGGGAAUGGAGAUAGUUUGGUACUUCUUGCCUAAGCCACCCCCAUUAUAGGAUCCGAAUCAAGCAAGUUUUACAAGUCAUUGUGUAAAGCUUGGCUUUUGCCUGGUUUCUUUCAAACCUUUAUUUUUAUUAUUGUUUCGAGAACUACAAUAUUUCUAAGUUUCACUUUGUUCGAUUCCUGUCUUGUUCAAAACUUCAAAUUGACCGUUCUACGUAGUUGCGUGACCCCGUAACCAUGCAGAUGUGUCACGCAAGUUAUGGCCAUGUCAAUCAAUAAAUCAAGCCUUCAAUCAAUCUUUUAAUUACGCUCUUCAGAUUUAACAAAUGAGAAAAAAAGAAGAGAAAACACAACCGUUUAGAGAUAGCGAAUGCUAGUCAAGCUACAUGUAAGUGGCUGUGGAAGGCUCAUCGAUAGAAGCAAAAUUACAGUUGUGUUGUAGUGGUGUCUCAAACCUUUUACUUUGGUUGUGUCCUUCCUAGGGCAAGGGUGCUAAACGUGACAAAAUGGACCAGACGUUCUUCGACAAAUUGAACGAAUUUAAUGCCAGACGAAAGCUGAAAGGAGGAAUGAUCGGCGUAAUGGCAUUAACUAGUGCAUUCAAAUCGAAGUAAUAGGUCUUGCUUCUGGGAAGCUGUACUUGGAACCUAACGGUCGUGAAACAUAUAUCUUUACUUAAUGCUCCAUAGUUACGACGAACAGUUUUGCGAAGGAAAUAGUUCAGGCACCUCUCAGUUUUGUGAAAGCAUGUGUAAGCGUUGCUGCAUAUAUCUGGAAUUUUUUGUUUUUCGUAGUCUUUAUAAGAUGUUUUUUUUUUCUUUUUUUAUCCCGACUGAAUUUUGUUUGCCAUUCAGUAACAUAAAUUCAAAUCUAAAAUGAACUUUUCAAAAUAAUAUAACUGACACUACCAAAAAGACAAGGAUUACAGGCAAAAGUACCUGCAGGUUAGAAAAUCGCUGUUUAUAUACUUCAAUUUACUGUUCAAUAUAAUUAUUCCCUUUAGUCAGAGUCUAUUUGAAUCUCUUACAUGGUUUCUGUGACGUUCUGUAACCGAAACACAUGGAGAUACACAAAUCUAAAGCUCAUUGAAUGAAAUCAAACAAACU